CGCAUUUGUUUGGAAGCAUGUUAACCAUCUUCCAACAGCAAAAUAAAUGUAAGAUGUGUUGGUCCACGACCCACCAUUCUAGAAUCUGCUCGCCCUAUAUCCUUUCUCCCACAUGGCUUCUCCGGAGCACAAGAGUCGGGAUGCUGCUCCAAAUUCUUUACAGAACAGAGACUGUGGAAGCAAAAGGACCACUAAGAAUGGUCAAUCUCAGCAGCUAAAACUCGACGAAGAGCCAAGAGGCCAGACAAAGGUGGAAGAAUUGAUGUGCAGACUCCAGAAACUCCUGAAUGAUGAACCAGAAAUUCGUUCCGCCAUUGCUAGUGGCCUCUCAUCAUCGCCCACGGACAAACCAAACGCGGCACCAAAGCCCCAAGUAAAAGAACCGAUUAAGCCCAUGGAGAUCAAGCUUCAUACUGAAAUGAGGGCCAUCAAGCGUGCAGGGUUCAACCAUUUUGUUGCCAGCAAGAUUCAAUAUAUGGAGCAACAAAGGAAACAAGAAGAGACCAUCCAAAAGAUGAUGGAGAAAGAACAGAUCAAGUUACUGAGGAAGGAGAUGAUCCCACGUGCAAAACUCAUGCCAUUCUUUGACAAGCCAUUCUUCCCUCAGAGGUCUACAAAGAGGCUGACUGUGCCAAAGGAACCAAGCUUCCACAUACUAAGCAGCAGGUGUGCAAAGCGCACAACAUGCAAUGUACUCUGUUAUCCCGUGUACGAAAAUGUGAAGCCAGUAAAAUGACAGGAAGCAGUCUCUUAUAUUGACGGAUGAUUGUUUAUAAUACCAAAGUUCAAAAACCUUCUAAUAUAUGGUUAGAGAAGUGAAAGAUUGGCAUUUAGACUGUUUCUCUGUUCCAGCAUGUCUUGCCACUUUCUACUGAAAUAAUUUUGGUGUCAUUUGGUUUGAGAACUUAUAUUCAAUACCUCAUGUAUUUGUGUACAAUAAUACACUAUUGUGGGGUGUGA